GCCAUCCAUGUCUCUCUGUCUCUCUCAGUCCAUGAUGAUGUGCGCCCCCCUGCCCAGCCACUCUGCCAGGCUCUCCAGGUCAUCGUCAGCACCGCCAGCGGCACCCGCACCCUCGUCGAUGUCCACCGGCGCAUAACCACCGCCGCCGCCCUCCGAGGGGUCCUCCUCUGCGGCCAGGCGGCACCGCGCCAGGUCCAGCAGGCAGUGCCGAUCAGAUGCACGGCUGAUGGCCUCCAUCUUCUUCUGCAGACGGCCCAGCACUCGGGGGGUCGUUCCACUUGAGCGUCUGGCUGCUCUUCCCCUUGCCGCGCGGUGCCCUCUUCCUCUUGGGGAAGGCGUCAUGGCAGCACGCCGCCUCUGUUGUCUUGAUGAUCUCGCCCUCCCUGCCCUUGUUCCAGGGCCCCCACAGCACCUCCUCCCCCAGGCCACCGAAGACGGGCGGCGUCUCGUCCUUCUCGUGAGUCUUCGCGCGGCGGACGGCGGCUCGCUUGGCCUUUGUGAGGGGCUGGUGGUCGCUGUCUGUGGGGCUGGGUGACGGGAGGGGGCUGCGGGUGCGCUUCUUGCGGUUCUGUCGGAGCACCAUACCGUGAGUAUUGGGGCCGCUGGCGAAGGGGUCCGGCUCCUGCUGUGGAUUGGGGGGCGAGGACAGCCGAUAGCGGUGGUGCUGGGAGACGGUGGGCGAUGGCAGGAGGGGUGAGGGCUCCGGGCUGCAUGAAGGUGGGGAGACAUAGAGAACAAGUUGACGUCUGAUGGAUCGAUGGUGUUGCCCCUUUGAUCCCUUUGCCCACCUGUGGUCAAUGGUCAUCAUGGCGGGGGGCGAUGCGGUGGCGAUGGCUGUGUGGACGGGGUGCGUCGACAGCACCUUGCGCGAGCGCCGCAGCUCCGCAGCCAACGAUUUCCUCACAGACCUGCCAGACAGACAGACAGACAGGAAGGAGACACAUACAUGGCCGGGCGCCGGUGUGGCUUCCGUCCUCGGCUGCCAUGGCUGACUGUCUGUAGCAUACCCUUGAGCGGUGCGACUGUCCUUGUUGUGCUCCUCUGGCACCUCUUUGCUGUCCUCCUUUGGCGGUGUGCUGUUGUCCCCCUGGCUGUCGUCCGCUGGGAAGGACGGCGUCUUGGAUAUCGUCUUGGACGGCAGCAGGGGUGAAGGGUCGGUGCCAUGCGCCUCGGCCGACGACAGAGUGCCCGGCCGGCGGCUGAUGGGAGGGCGACUGACAAACAGACAGACAGACAGACAGACAGACAGGGAGGGAGGGAGGGAGGGAGAGAGGAUGAGAUGAGCUUUGGUGUCUCGUGUGUCUGCUGGCUGCAGGUGAACACACAUACCUGUCGAACGGCGGCGGGGGGGCUGGCGCCUCGACCUUCAUCGCACGCAAUUGGUCCGCCAAACGAGCCCUGAAUCAACACACACAUGGAUUCAGCUAUAGCCGGCGAUGCGGGUGAGUGGGCCUUCCCGUCGGUGCCUACUUGGUGCCGGGCCCAUUGCCCGGGGUAUCCUUGAUGGUGCUCUGGCCGUGCACAGGGAUGCCCGCAGGCAGGUGAUCCUUCUUCAACUCAAACGGCAAGACACUGGACAAGGACCAAGGCAUUCACCCAUUCUCGUGUAUGUGCCUCUUUGUGUCUGUGUGUCUGUCUGACCUCGUGGCCUUCGCCGCAGUGUCUUUCGGGAAUGUGCCCUCGACGAGGCCGCUAACCAUCCCUUGCCCCAGGUCACACACGUGCAUGCCCUCACCCUCACCGGUCCCCAUCUGCUGCCCAUAGCCUCCCAGCCCCAUCUCGACACACGGCGUGUGGCCCUUCGUCGCCCCCCUCUCCUUGCGCACGCGAGGCGCCUUGCCCUUGCCCUGCGCCUUGGACGACUUGCCGCCGGCCUGUCUGGCGGGGCGCGGCUCGUACAGGUUAUCGUCGUCAUCCUCACCAUCCGCCGCGGAACGGUCGGGGGCCCUGUCCACCUGGCGGGCCCACCGACUGUCUCGGCCCUCGUACAGGCCGAAAUCCUCGCCAUCUCCGGCAAAAAGGCCCUGGAGUGUACUGAUCUCGGCCGUGACGUUGGGCGCGAGUGUGCUGGAUGACGCUUUGGUGGCCCUGGUGCGGGUCUUCCUGUUGGGGUGGCGGUGGGUGGGGCCGUGGGGGAGUGCGAUGUGAGCGGCGUUGGUCGGCACACUGGUGGGGGCGGAGGGGACUGCGAUGUCAGCGUAACGGAGGACCUCGUACUUGGGGGAAGCUGCAGACAGACAGAGAGACACAUACAAAUGUGUUUUGCCGGCUAAGGGCCAGCAGUGGGUAACGUACCUUGUGAGCUUCCGAGCGUCAUGGCUCCACUGGCAUGGUCCGAAACAGCCUGCAGACCUGCAAAGGCACACCAAGGGAAGGGCAGACGAGGUGCACCUAUGGGCUUUGGUUGCUGAUCGGCUCAAUGGCCACCGACGUACCUAUGAUGGCCAGCUUAGACCGGUAGUCGGUGGUCAGUCUCUCCAGCAGCGACAGCGGCAAGGUGGCCAGCAACAUGUCCCACUGGGUCACCAACACAUACCUGCACACAACACAUCACACCAGAGGACCAUACAGCAUCCCGCCAUCCGCCCACCAUUGUGACCCUCACCGAAUGGUCUUCUUGCACUUGAGCUUGUCGAGCAUCGCCUCCACGAGCACACCCAGGUGAACGGGAUAGCCCCCGCCAUGAGGGUCGGGCCGCCGGCUCCUCUCAAUCAUGUCGGCCACCUCCCGCACAAUGGCCGGGUUGCCGCCCUUGGUGCGGCCCCACACCGCCACCGAGAUGUCCCGCAGCACCGCCACGGCGUCGUAUGUGCCGCCUCCACUGCUGGACGGCGAGAGGCGCAGGAAUGGGGUCUGCGUGGUGGUCUUCUUGGCUUUGAGAGGGGGCGCCAGCUGCGAGCUGAGGGUGCCUUGGACGAGAUUCUCCACCUCACGAGCGUCGGAUAUCCUCGAACGGACCACCAUCAGAUCGCCACAACCCUCACUGUUGCAUCUGCACCACACACACAGAUGACACACAUCCAAAAACUUUGGGGCCCAUUGGAAUGCGCAUCUAUAUCAACACACUCAGUCCACAGACGGCCAUGCAUGCGUCAGGACAGCCCAACAGAGCCUCACGACACCUCACACCAUUGCAAUGCACCACUGAAUGCACGCCGAUAUGUGACCUCACCGCCAGUGGCCUCACCGUUCAAUGAAGGCCUCGAGUUCCUUCAUCUUGCUGUGUGUGGCAGGUUCUGCCUGCUGGGCCAUCGUGAGCAAUAUCUGAGAC